GAAAGGGAUUUGGAAUCGGAGAAGACUAGCCAAAGAUUUUCUCUGCAGAUAGCUCCUCUCGAAUGGAACUGCUUUCUUAUAUGGCUGCUAGGAAGCAUUAGAAAUGCGCUGAGCUGAAGAUUCCCACAGCACCCUGGCAAUGCGGAAGUCUUUGGGCUGAUCGGCGGCCAUUGAACUGUGUCCAGAAAUCGGGUUUUCUUGGUCUUCUGGUUCAGGUGGGCUCGCCUUCAGUGCGGCCAAGAAUCUGGAAUCAUUCAUUCCACGCCUUUGAAGCACAUCGGUCCUGUCGUUUUUCACCUGGGGAAAAUGUGCAAGUUCACCAACCGGCUGUUUGUGUUUGCCCUGCUGCUCUUGGCAUUUGGAAAACUUCAAGCCCAACCCGUUGGUGGGAAGAUUAGGCCAGGGAAUUCGAGGAACGUGGUUAGCGACUUGCUGGAGGUCUUGUAUGACGACUAUUCGGAGAAUGGUUUUCAGCGGGAGGACAUUCUCUACGACCAAAGGCAAAAGGGCGCCGAGAAUUUUCAGCUGAAAGUUGAUGGGGUCGUUAUUGGAAUGGCCCCUCAAAUGGGUUCCCACUGGCUUUACACGAUGGCCGAAUAUUAUUUGAGUGAAAUGAUGUUGCGCCAAUCCACUCCAGAACCAGACUCAAAUCAAAUGUACGAAAAGGAUUCUGAAAAGGAUUCAGAUACGGAAUCUGGAGUCCCCGAGGGCAUUACUAAAAUUCCAGAGACCUCCAAAAAUGACUUGGAAAGCAGACAACAUCAAAUUGUAGCUCCUCAAAACUCCAGCCGGACCCCAUCUCAACUGCUCCAGCUACUGAAGAUGCUUAAAAGUUCCAAGGCCUAA